AUGGUCAACAUAACAGAGAGGAUCAAGGAGAUAGAGGCGGAGAUGGCACGAACACAGAAGAACAAAGCGACUGAAUAUCACUUGGGUCUAUUGAAAGGUAAACUUGCACGCUUGAGAGCACAAUUACUGGAACCAGGCCCAGGAGCAGGAUCUGGUGGCGGUGCCGGCUUUGACGUCUCAAAAUCAGGCGAUGCACGCAUAGCACUUGUCGGAUUUCCAUCAGUUGGCAAGAGUACUUUCCUAUCCAAAAUCACAAAAACGAAAUCCGAAGUGGCAGCAUACUCAUUCACAACACUCACAGCUAUACCUGGAGUGUUGGAAUAUGGAGGUGCCGAGAUACAGAUUCUUGAUCUUCCAGGUAUCAUCGAAGGGGCCUCCGAGGGCAAAGGACGCGGCAGACAAGUCAUCAGUGCAGCGAAGACGUCCGAUUUGAUACUGAUGAUCCUUGACGCGACCAAGCGAGCCGAACAGAGAUCACUACUCGAGGCAGAAUUGGAAGCGGUAGGUAUCAGACUGAAUCGCGAACCCCCAAACAUCUACCUAAAAGCAAAGAAAGCAGGAGGAAUGAAGAUUACGUUUCAGACACCUCCGAAAUACCUAGACGAGAAAAUGCUUUACAACAUCUUACGAGACUACAAGAUCCUAAACUGUGAAGUACUGGUUCGGGACGAGAAUGCCACAGUUGACGACUUCAUCGACGUUAUCAUGAAAGAUCACAGGAAGUAUAUCCAGUGUUUAUAUGUCUAUAACAAGGUCGAUGCCAUCAGCUUAGACUUCCUGAGCGAGCUGGCAAGAGAACCGAAUACUGUCGUUAUGAGUUGCGAGAUGGACCUAGGAAUUGACGAUGUUGUGGCAAGAUGCUGGCAGGAACUGAGACUGAUAAGAUUGUACACGAAGCGACAAGGAAUAGAACCAGACUUUAGUGAAGCCUUGAUCGUGAGGAGGAACAGCACGAUCGAAGACGUUUGCGAUUCGAUACAUCGCACUAUGAAAGAAACGUUCAAGUAUGCCCUCGUUUGGGGGGCCAGUGCAAAACAUAUCCCACAGAGGGUCGGUCUCGGUCACCCUGUCGCAGACGAAGAUGUGGUGCAAAUAGUCAGUGCUUGGAAGGCAUAG